GUAUACACGCCCCUCUUGCAUGACCCUUUCAAUCAAGAGGAAGGAAUUUGAUUGUGUAUACUUGGUUUGCUUUUCCCACAUUAAAAUCCCAACCUCUUUCAAGCCUCAACCUCCCUCAACUUGCCUCUCACUCACCUGUUAGGGAGGCUUCCUCAUUUUGGUCUUUCUCCAUCUUCACGCUCAUGUACUAGAUUGUGUCAUAGGAUAGAGAGGAUGAUGAUUAAGGAAUUCUUACAACAAAAGCAAGAACUUUCUUUGGGGAAGGGGGAAGAGGAGAAGAACAAGAAAAUGAGGCUUUGGAGGGUGGCAGAUCGUCCUGAGCUUUCAUUGGGCCCCUCCCGAUUCAUUGUUGCGGAGUGCGGAAAUAGCUCGUCGUCGGAGUCCGAAGCGAAUCCUUGUCGGAAGAGGAAGUAUGCAUUCGAUCAAUUAAAGACUGAUCCCAUGAUUCAAACUAGUAUCGAGCUUCAGCUAAAAGACCCAUUGCCUUUGGACUGGGAACAAUGCCUAGAUCUUGAAUCUGGGAGAAUGUACUAUUUGAAUAGGAAGACCUUGAAGAAGAGCUGGAACUGGCCCAAAGACCAAAAGAUAGACUUGGAGCUCAACAUUUCAACACUAUCCAAUUCUGAUGGGAACAGCGCUACAGUGGUUGAAGAUGCAAAUAAGAACUACAACACAAGCAGCAACAUGGUUGCUGUGGCAUGUCUUAAGUGCCAUCUCCUUGUCAUGCUGUGCAAGUCCUCUCCGUCUUGCCCGAAUUGCAAAUACCUGCAUUCGUUGCCGACCCAACAAAGCCCGCGUCCAAAGAUUUCAACCACAAAAACCUUAGAAACACUAAGCCUCUUAAAUUAGCUCUGGUUAGAAGAAUGUCUAAACCUGAGUAAUCAACAGCGGUGGUAGACUCCCAGGAGUUUCAGCACGAGGCCGAGGUCUGGGGUUCGAGCACCCAUAAGUGGUGAAAUCCCACUACGGCAUGUGUGCGGGGUAUAUAUGGCUUGUUUUCUUCUUUAAUCCACGAGAUUUUGUAGACAGUUCAUAAACUAUGUUAAUCAUAGAGCUCGAAUGGGUGGUUAGAUUAGUGUUUAGGUUAGAUAUUGUAUUUAAAGGAGUAUAAAUAGUAAAAGCUUGGAAGUUUGAAUGUAAAUUUUCUUGUUC